AGCCAAGCAAAACUAGGGAACGCCAACCGGCUUGGCUUCGCAUCAUUAUUAUUUUCCGAUCCGAUUCGAAAACUCAGCGGAAGCAAGGCAGCAACCGAUUUGAUUUUUCAAUACUCCUCCAAUCCAGUUCUAUAUUUUUUCACCUAAUCGAUCCCAUCUCCGGGGCCCCGUCCGUCUCCGUCCCCUUCCCCUCCCCGUUCCCACACGGCCAAAGGAAAAAAGAAAGAACAGGGCUCAAACCCGCAAACCCUCGCUUUCUCCGAUCGAAUUGCUCGCCCGACCACCACCAGUUCGCCGGCCUCCCCACCACCAGUCCUCGCCGCCCCAUCCAGGCUCUCGCCCCUCCCGCCCGUGCUGAUUCCCCCCACCUCCGAGCUCGCCCGCGCGCGGCCAUGUCGCUCACCUAAGGAUACGGUUGGUGGGCUGUUUCUUGCAAGAGCCUCCUCCGAGCCACAAGAGAAACAGCCCGGGGGGACCUCAGCCGCCGAUUCGAUCGCCGCAGCACCGCCGCCCAGGUCAAGCCAAGCAAGCGCGUUCCGUCUAGGUUUGGUUUAGCUUGCGGGCCAAGGCUCCGUUUCGCAUCUGAGGAGGAGGAGGAGCGGCGGUGCCCGGUGGCGGUAGCGUGCACGGGUCCCUGGCUGGGCUAGGCUUGGCUUGAUGCGGAACGGCGCGCAGGCUCCUCGCGGCACCGGCGGCGGGGGGCUCUUCUCUGCGCGCUCGCUCUCCAGCUACAUGCGCAUCGUCUCCUCGGGGGCCUCCACGGCCGCCUCCACGCUGCGCUCCGCCGGCGCCUCGCUGGUCAACUCGAUCGCCAGCCACGACGACGAUGCGGGCCGCGACCAGGUACAAUGGGCUGGGUUUGAUAAACUUGAAUGUGGGGGUGACGUGCUGCGACAGGUUUUGCUGCUAGCAUACAGAUCUGGCUUCCAAGUGUGGGAUGUUGAACAAGCUGAUGAUGUAAGACAGAUAGAAUCAAGACAUGAUGGUGCUGUUUCUUUCAUACAACUGCUGAAGAAACCAAUUGCCUCUAAGAGAGGUGAAGACAGAUUUGUAGAUGCACGGCCAUUGCUGGCUCUUGCUGGUGGUGGAACUAGCACAGGAAGUGCAAACGGCCAUGAUGCCAAUGGCCCUGGCUUCAAUGGAACUAAUGGCACUUACCAUAAUAGUGGCAGUGAAAAACUGCCUACCAUCGUUCGCUUUUAUUCGCUGAAGGACCAUGGUUAUGUUCAUUCAAUGAAGUUCAGAUCAGCUGUUUAUUCCAUAAGGUGCAGUCCUAGAGUUGUAGCUGUUUCUCAGGCUACUCAGAUCCAUUGUUUUGAUGCUGCGACAUUGGAGCUGGACUAUACACUUCUUACCAGCCCUAUAGUUUCACCGAUUUCUGGUUAUGGCCCACUUGGGUUAGGUCCAAGAUGGAUUGCGUAUUCUGGGAGUCCAGUUCCAGUUCCAAAUACAGGCCGUGUUAGCCCUCAGCUUCUUAGCCUGUCUCCCAUAGUUCCGCCUCCUGGUUCAAAUGGCAGUGUGGUUGCAUACUAUGCAAAAGAAUCAAGCAAGCAAUUGGCUGCUGGCAUUGUGACGCUUGGUGAUGUUGGCUAUAAGAAGCUGUCCAGGUAUUAUUCAGACAUGAUUCCAAAUGGUAAUGGUAAUAUAAAGCAAGGGAAUGCUGGCUUCAAAGCAAAUGGAGUAACAAAUGGGCAUACUAUUGACAGUGAAUAUGCUGGAACGGUCAUUGUUCGAGAUAUUGUAUCUAAAGCAAUGAUAGUUCAGUUCAGGGCACAUACAAGUCCCAUUUCAGCACUCUGUUUUGAUCCCAGUGGAACUUUGCUGGUGACAGCUUCUAUUCAUGGCCGAAACAUCAAUGUUUUUCGCAUUAUGCCUUCUGUGGAUGGGAGUGCAUCAGAAGAUGGUCCAAAUGGUACCUAUGUUCAUUUGUUUAAAUUGCAAAGAGGCAUCACCAAUGCGGUCAUAAAAGAUAUCAGCUUUAGCGACGACAGUGAAUGGAUACUGAUUAGCUCGUCGAGGGGAACAAGUCAUUUCUUUGCAAUAUCUCCAUAUAGUGGAUCCACAAGCUUUCGCUAUAGUGAUAACAACCUUGCAGAAAAUAAUUAUGUUGUGGAUUCAUCAGUUAAGCAUGCCACUCAUUGGUCUCAGAACGCAAGCCCCUCUAUGAGCCUUAGUCAGAAGAUGCUUUCUCUAUCUGGCCCCCCUGUCGCAUUAUCUGUUGUUAGUAGAAUAAGAAAUGGGAGUAACUUGUUGAAGGGUGCUGUCCAUGGUGCUGCAGCAUUUGCAACAGGUGUUUCCAGUCCAAUUUCUGGUGCUAUCGCUUCAACAUUUCACAACUGCAAGGGUGGUGUUAAUUCAGAUGACAGUUUGCUUUGUAUGAAGUAUUAUUUACUAGUUUUUUCUCCGUCUGGGAGUAUCAUACAGUAUGUUCUCCAUCACUCAGCUGAACCAGAUUCUGGAAUUGAUUAUCCUUCAGAUGCCACUUCUUAUGGAUCUCAAAGAGAAACUGACACAAGAUUUGUUAUUGAACCUCUUCAGAAGUGGGAUGUUUGUCAAAAGAGAAAUAGAAGAGAUACUGCUGAGAGUAAUUUAUAUAAUGAUUUUGACAGUGGUGAAAAUAAUAAAAUUUUCCAGAAAGUUGUCAGGAAAGGAACUAGUAUCUAUCCGUCCAAUGGUGCUGCUACUGAAAGGCUGAAGCUUAGCGCUGAUGAAAAUCAUAAUUAUUAUAUUUCUGAGAGUGAACUGCAGACACAUGUUGUGCAAAUUCCAGUCUGGUCAAGAUCCGGGGUGCACUUUCAAGUAAUAGGGAGCGACACCUUAGAUGCAUACGCCACUGAUAACAUUUCAGGGGAAAUCGAAAUUGAAAAAGUCCAGACUUAUAAUGUGGAAUCAAGGUCAAAGAAUCUCAUACCGGUCUUUGACUCACUUCACACAUCUAGGUUUCAACAGACAAGGGUGAACACACCUGAUAGUAACAGAAGUGGGUUGCUGCAGCGACAUAAGUCUGGAUUUUCAGCAGAUGGUAGACUCUCUUCCAGAAGCAGUUGCAGUUCUUUGGAUUGCAUGUCUGAAGUCCCAAAUAGUUCUGAUGAUAACACUGUUGGCCAAUAUUUAGUAGAAGAUAGUGCUGCUGCUGCUGCUGUAAAUAAGAACUUGAACGUUAACCACCAAGCCGAGCUUGUAAAUAACACUGAGAGCCUGAACAGGGAGGCCCAGCUCGGAGUUGUAAAUAGCAAAGACGAUUGUGAAGAUAGCGAGCUACUCCCGGACUUAUGUCAGUGAUGAUAUCUAAGGUUGUUGGCAUGCCUUGCAGAUGAUCACUGGUGAUGGUCCUGGAGGAGGAGCUCCUUGAAUCGCUGAAGUCUUUCCCGUGUGUGUGUAACUGUUAAUUCUUUCAUUUCUCCAUCUGGAGUUCUUGGCCUCUCUUCUGUAGUACUCCACUAUUUAUAAGCAUUCAUGAUAAGUUUACCAAGGAAAGGAUGAAAGGGAGGUCGAAUUAUGGCCCUGCGUGUAUGGGAGCCCUAGUGAUGUGAAGUUGGGGUUUCUAUCUUACAAGAACUUGUACAUAACGAGAUUGUUCAUUCCAUUUUCAAUAAUAGCCCUUAAUUUGUGAAUA